AUGAAUUUUGAAAAUGUCAUGAUAAAAUCUGAAAGUAUAGAUGUCGACGAGGACAAUAAUAUUGUUGAAGAUACAGUGGACUCCAAGAUUAAAGAAUCAGCAAACGAUAAGUUAUCGAAAUGUGGGAUUUGUGGACAUUGCACUACAUCAAAUAUACUUUUACGGCUCCACAUGAAAAUGCACUUUAUGAAACGCAUACAUCAGUGUGGUGUAUGUAGAAAAACUUUCAGUUUUGUUACUGAACUCAAUGCCCAUAUGGUCAAUCAUCAAAAUAUUGAUGGGAAUAUAAAUGACUCAGUGAAUGAUUAUUCCUAUCUUGCACCACAUUCUAACGGAGAUACUACAACACAAUUGUCAGGGUGUGUUCAAAAAGAUAUGGCAACUAAGAAAUUCAAAAAUAAUCCUAACCUACCUAUGAACACAGAGGAAAAACAUAUAUUACUCCAGUAUGUUGAAGAGAUGGAAUUAAAUACAAAAUAUGUUGAAAUGGAAAGUUUGAAAAGUUAUCUGAGAAAGAGUUGGAUCAAGAUGUCAGAGCUAUUUGCCAAAAAAGAAUAUGAUAGAAGUCCAGAAAAACUAGCCAGGACUUAUAUUCACAUGAAAAAUCAGGCUAAAUUGCAUAUUGAACGAUUUUACAAACAUAAAAAAUUACCAAGACCAAGGCAUAUGGACUAUUUGUUUGUCAAGUUGUGUCCUGCUGAUUUCAAAGCUAUAGGUUUGGAUGUAAUGGAGAUAAUGGAAGAUUUUCGCAUAUUUGAAAAUGGAAAUCAUCCACCAAUUAAGAGCGAGAUUACUUCGGAGAUUACCUUACAAACGUCAGAAGAUGAGAUGAAUAGUGAAGAUGCACCUGAUCUUAUUUUGCCUGAAGAUAUUCAAACAGACAAUUUGGAUCCGGAAAGUCCGUUAUCUCGAAAGAUGACACACCCAGAAAUUUCUGAAACACCCCACAAAAUUCAAAGGCUUGAUUCUGAUGAACCGUUUUCGAAGGACAUCAACGAAUUGAAAAUCAAGUUUCUUAUUGCUGAAGAACAGAGGAGGAAACAAUUGUACAGCAAUGAAAUUGCACAAAAAGAUGAACUUUUCCAAUUGGAGCUGAGGCAUAAAAAGGAGAUACAUGAGAAAGAGAUGGAAAUAAAAAAAUUGGAAUUGAUUUUGUUGAAACAGAGGUUGCAACAAAACCAUUUAUGA